CAUCCUUACCUUCGGCGUCAACACCGUACACAGCUCCAGGGCGACGCUCAACAUUUUGGAGCAGAAUUAAUCCAUCUCUUUUGGUAACAUAAUUUUCCUUGCAUAUCUACUCCAUAUGCAUAUGCCAUGCGCACCACCGAGCAGCCAUGGACCACAUCCCGCUGCAACCGUCUGCUCCGUCCCAUAUCCUCCCGAAUCGCGACUCUGAGGAAAGAGAUUGAACUCCAGCAGACUGCGGGUGAGCCGCGCAAGCCCCCGAGCAACGCCUUGUAUGCGGGCAAUAACACCGGUCAGCCGCGUCCGCGCAAACCACAAAGUUUCGACCCAGAGUGGGUGCCGGCAGGAAAGGUCCCCAGCAAGCGGACAUAUGGACGAGGAAGUAGAAGGACGAAUCCGCCGAGCGCACUCCCUACAGUGCAGGGAACCCAACCCGGCCAGAUCGCCGCGACCCCCUUCAUCGCUCGUUCGAGAAUUCCCCUCCUUGACAGUCCCGACCUACACAAUACUCCCCUGAGACGCAGAAGCAAAGGACCGCUGAUCGCCAAGGUGCAGAAGAUCAAAGACCUCAAAAAACAGGUGUCGCCCGACAUUGGGAAGCUCAUUGAAGGACUGUUGGACGCUUAUGCAAAGCUGCUGGAGGCAACAUGUCCGAGCGUACUGAAGAGCCGGACAGGCGCGAGGUCAUUGAUGAGCACAUGCCUGCAGAACAUGCCGCGAUAUAUUGCUUUGGAAGAACAUUUCGCUGAGCUGGACGCCGAGGAGGCCGAUGAGGUCAGGGGCCGGGACCUGACCGAUGAAAUAUAUACCCACUUGGAGCAGACGUUCGCCGUUGGAGAGGGCUGGACGCACUUUAAGGAGAUGGUACGCGCCCACGGGACAUCGCUGAUUUGCGACGCAAUCGAUGACGGUCUGCUGGGUCUGGACGUUCUUCACGCUGUUGUGGAGCUCUGCAUGAAGGCUUCGGCAUGGCAGGAGGCAGAGAGGUUUCUAUGGACGUAUCUUCCCCUGCUCAAACCACUGCCAACUCCUUCUACUUUGGACGCUGAUCUCUUUGGUGAUACGUCGGUGUACAUGCAUCUGGUGAUGGCGUUGGUGAAGAGUACGGGCCGGAAUGGAUUCUUGUUUGAUCUUCUGGAACACCUCAUCUUCUACGACCUCCUGCCUUUGGAAUGGCUGGCGUCUGGCCGGAUGAAGCAAGUAGUAUGGUGGCGACUGGAGCGGACAUUGUCGAACGGAGACGAAAGGACUUUUGGACAUGCGGUUCGUUUUCUGCAAACUGCGAUACUGGCAACAAUGGGUUUAUCAGACGACACUAUGACCCAUGAGGACGUUGGAUCCCUGCUGAAGCCGUCGGUGCGGCAGACUUUGCGCGAUGCGCUGGAUAACACGAUCUCGAACAUGCUCACGCUCCUGGCUAGUUCCGCUCUCGCUUGCAGGAAUGACGAUGAACAAGACAGCACAAGCCGGCGCCUCACCUGGGUGCUGGACUACAUCGUCACCGGCCUGUUGGCACGGGAUGAAUUCCGAGCCAACCUGGAACUGCUCGAUGCGACUGACCAGGACAUGCAGACGUUUGCGCUGCGGGCUCUGUGGACCGUCAGUGCUUCGCUGAUGGUACAUCUCGGGGGCUGCUCCCUUGGUCCUGGUUUACAUUAUUUAGAAAGCGCAACCUUGCUGCAUUCAUUCCGUUGGAUCAUUCAUCAAUACUCCUGCUCCGACAUAGACGUCCACUCCCUCCUCACAACGCUGCCACCAUUCAUCUCAUCCAUCGCACGCUUCGCAGGCAAGGUGCGCAAAACCGACGGGUUCGACCAUCUACAUGAUUUAAUCACCGCCCUGCUCUCCCACUCCUCAAUCCGACUCCCGCACAAGCUGUGGAAUGUGCAACGCUUGGCGCUGGAAACCUGUCAGGAGUUUGCGCAGAGCUCGAAUGAUAGCGCACAUUUUGCAUACGCGCGGCAGGUGGAGGGGUUGAUGAGUAAGAUGGGGAAAGUUAUGCUGGUGCAGUCGCCGGGGAAGAAUGACAGCCCUGAGGCGAGGAGGGGGUGGAGACUGGAAGAAGGGAUUGGGGAGUGGGUUGCUUGCACGCCUUUCGCUAAGAAGGAUGAUAGAUCUGGCAGAAGACAAUGUCGAGGAGCUAGGGAUGGGCGAACGCAUCUGCCGUCGCCUGCGUCUUCGGUUUCUACCCAGAGCGGUGAGGGCGUGGAUGAGGAUGCUCGAAUGCGUGGACGGACGGCGAAAAGGUUUACUACUACAAACAGCAAGCGCCCACGCGCCUCGUCACCGACGGUCGUGAUCCCGUAUAAGAAGGUAUGUCUGACGCCGGAUAGUGCUGCUUCUUCGUCCUCGCGUCACGACCCCCUUAUCUCGUAUUCCGGUACGUCUGAGCAGCACUCACCUGUGUCCGGCAAUGACAAGGGGCUUCGUCGGUCAGGACGAACCAAGACUCAGAGGAAGGAAGGGGAGUCGAGAUCCUCGCAUCAUUCCCUGCGGAAAGUGGCACCGAAAAACUACGCUGAGGCAGGGGAGGAAGAGGACCAUGAUGGCGGAGAAGUCGGGCCUCAAUCUGGAUCUGAGUCUAAUGUCCAGCAUGCCGGCGCCGCCACCGACGCAGAGGAGAGCGAUAACGAUGAGUUGGGCAAGACUCCCGCCCGCCUGCAACGAAGUACCGGCACGGCGGCGAAACGCGGGCCUACGAGGAGAGCCGGUACGACGCAGCUGCCAUGUGUGAAGAAGGGAACUGAGACGCGGAGACGGAGAUCCACGAGGUUGAGAACUUGGUCGCUGCUGGUUGCUAAAAAGCACUUUGAGGAGAGUGAGAGCGAGGAUGAGUUAAGAUUUUGCUAAGGGCGGUCGCGGGGGCAUGGCUUGCUUGGUAGGCUGGUGGAGUACGGUGUCUUUGGUAUACCCACGUGUGAAUAAGUUGCAUGUUAGUGUAUUCUUCUGGUAUGGUAUUUGUUGGGUGGGUGUACUUGGAUAUC